AUGAAUGAACCUUUUUCUGCCUUGAUAAUCGGUGGAACGGAGAACGACAGCUGUGUGCGAGUUUGUCGGGAGUUGAUUUUUAAAUAUGGUAUCAAUGUUACUAUUGUGGGUGUUUUUGACACUCGUGAUGAGAUCCUCUACGGUUUGGAAGAGUAUUAUAAAAGUUCAGAUAUCAGGGUCAAAAGUUGGUUCUCGACGUUUGACUCACAUAUUGAUUUAAUUAAUUCUAGGAGAAAUAACUACCGGUUCAUUAGCAUAUAUACCCAGAACUGGGCAAAAUACCUAGUUGGUGUUAAUGUGGUUAUUAACCUCACUCAAUAUUACGAGCCCAGUUUUGGGUCUUUAUUGACAACUCCGGUGACGGAAGUGCAAGAGGGCAUUGAAAGGUGGUGUCACGUGGUUGAGUUGUUAAACCAAGUAAUGUUUCAAACCAAGUGUUGCAUUGCGACCCUAGUCCAAAAGGAUAUGGAAUUUGAGAGAGGUCACCGAGUGUUGGUAAAUAGCAUGCUACAAUAUUUGGAUGGUUCUUGCUGUAAUUCACCUCAGAAUUUUAACGUAUUCUUCACUGAAGCUCAAUUAUUCCAGCAAUUUGAAAAUGGAACCUACAUAGAUAUAAUGCGAUGA